UGCAUCAUCCCAGCCGGCCACCGCGUGGGGAGACAGGGCGCGGCGCGAUCCACUCGGUCUAGAGGUCCAGCCCGCAGUCCCGCGCCUCCUCACGUCCUCCUCGCACCUGCCUGCGCCCUGGCCUGUAGCCCGCUGCGGGUCAGUUCUCGGAACCCGCCUGGCACAGCGGCUGAGCUCGCCGCCUCUGCCGCAUCCAUUCAUUGAGAGCUUGCUCUUUUCCCAGCGCCCCAGCGCCUAGGUUCCUCGCAGCUAUGAGCCGAGUCAGCGCCUUGGAGAAGAGCGUCAUGGAGAAGAGCGGCGAGACCCACGGCUACUUAGACAACGUCCGGGAGGGCCCCGGAACAGGGCCUGGCGCCCCGGAGACCGCCGCGGGGGGCGCGCGUCGCUGCGCGGGCUUCCUGCGGCGCAACGCGCUGGUGCUCUUCACUGUGUCUGGUGUGAUAGCGGGCGCGGGUCUGGGCGCCGCGCUGCGCGGGUUCGGGCUGAAUCGCACGCAGAUCACCUACCUGGCCUUUCCCGGCGAGAUGCUGCUCCGCAUGCUGCGCAUGAUCAUCCUGCCGCUGGUGGUCUGCAGCCUGGUGUCGGGUGCCGCCUCCCUCGACGCCAGUUCUCUCGGGCGCCUAGGCGGCAUCGCCGUCGCCUACUUUGGCCUUACCACCCUGGGCGCCUCGGCCCUCGGGGUCGCUUUGGCUCUCAUCAUCAAGCCUGGGUCUGGUGCCCAGAUUCUCCAGUCCAGAGACCUGGGACUGGACGUGUCGGGGCCUUCUCCGGCCCCCAAGGAGACAGUCGACUCUUUCCUCGACCUGAUCAGGAACCUGUUUCCCUCCAAUCUGGUAGUCGCAGCUUUCCGUACGUAUGCAACCAACUGUACAAUGGUAACCUACAAUACGAGCUCUGGAAACGUAACCCAUGAAAAGCUCCCCUUUGGAACUGAGAUCGAAGGAAUGAACAUCUUAGGACUGGUUUUUUUUGCCUUGAUGUUGGGAGUGGCCCUAAAGAAACUGGGCUCCGAAGGAGAAGAGCUCAUCCGCUUCUUCAACAGCCUCAACGAGGCAACAAUGGUGCUGGUGUCGUGGAUUAUGUGGUACGUGCCUGUAGGCAUCAUGUUCCUAAUUGGGAGCAAGAUUGUGGAGAUGAAGGACAUUGUCAUGCUGGUGACCAGCCUGGGGAAAUACAUCUUCGCAUCUAUACUGGGUCAUUUCAUUCAUGGAGGAAUUGUGCUGCCUCUUAUUUAUUUUGUGUUCACACGAAAAAACCCAUUCAAGUUCCUCAUGGGUCUUCUCACACCAUUUGCAACAGCGUUUGCCACCUGCUCCAGCUCAGCAACUCUUCCCUCCAUGAUGAAGUGCAUUGAAGAAAUCAAUGGUGUCGACAAAAGGAUCAGCAGGUUCAUUCUGCCCAUCGGGGCCACCGUGAACAUGGAUGGAGCGGCCAUCUUCCAGUGCGUGGCUGCGGUGUUCAUCGCUCAGCUCAACAACGUGGAGCUGAACUCAGGGAAGAUCUUCACAAUUCUAGUGACGGCCACAGCAUCCAGUGUUGGAGCAGCUGGAGUGCCCGCUGGAGGGGUCAUCACCAUCGCCAUUAUCCUGGAGGCCAUUGGGCUGCCCACGCAUGACCUCUCUCUGAUCUUGGCCGUGGACUGGAUUGUGGACCGAACCACCACCGUGGUAAAUGUAGAGGGGGAUGCCCUGGGGGCCGGCAUUCUCCACCACCUGAAUCAGAAGGCCAUGAAGAAAGGGAAGCAGGAACUGAGCGAGGUGAAGGUGGAGGCAGUUCCCAACAGCAAGUCAGAAGAGGAGACAUCCCCACUGGUGACACACCAGAAUCCCCCCAGGCCUGGAGCCAGCGUCCCAGAACUGGAAUCCAAGGAGUCGAUUCUGUGAUGGAGUUGGGCUAUGGGCUUGCCUGCCAGGGGUGCUACACCCUGUGAGUCCAGCUACCAGAAACCAGGCACAGCCUUACCGACUUUAUCCUCCUCCUGAGCAAUGCUUUGGCCCAGUCACUGUCUUGAGACUUCCUUUUCAGCAUGGACGUUGGGCUUCCCAGAGGGAACUGGCUACCGAGAACCAGGACACUCUGACAUUUGGCUUGGCCCAUGGUCAGGGUGCAUCUGCGUGUGCGCCAGGGCUGUUUGAGAACCCACUGCCAAGGCUCAGGAAAUAACAGGUUCACCAGGCUUGGUGGUUAAAGCUUGGGAAGAUGCAGAUGUGUUCUUCAUUGCACCGGUCAGCUCUGCAUUAUGCUUUCCCAGCCAAACGGGGGGUUUGCAGUUAUCUGUCACAUUUGCCUCUCGAGCCAUAGCAAUUGGAGGAAUUCCCAAAUUCUUAGCCUUAACUGGAAUUCAUUGAGCCAGAACUCAAGGUAUUUAGGUUUAUGCUUCAGCAAGGUGUGGCUGGUUCAUCAGCCUGGCACAGCACAUUGUCAAGUUGGAUGUACUCCGGAUGGUGUCAGCAAUGCUGGCUUCUUGGUCAGUGGCGUUCAGUAAAGAUUUAAAUGCUGAGGUCAAAGGUAGGAGGGGUGAGUGCAGCCUGUUUGGGGGAGGAGGGAGCACCUAGUUGGGACAGGACACAUGACACGCAAUUAGUCCCUUUCUCGUCUCCUUGCUGGGGAAGCUUUCUGCUCUCACGACCUAAGCUUCUAGCAACACUGUAGCUUGAACCCCAUCCGCACUGACUUGGCAAUGGGCCAGAGAGGCUGCCUCCUCCAGGGACGGGGCUGUACUGGGUUGAUCAAGGUAUCACUUAACUAGACCCUCCCUUAAAAAAAGGUGUCAAAACCAAACACAAUUUAAAAAUCACAUGCUACUCGUGGGGUACCCAGGCCCCCAGCCCCCUGGCUUUGGCUGAUUUCCAUGAACAUGGUUUCCUUUCCUGUAGUAAUCAGAGUUUAAAACGAUAAGCCAGCAGGCCACCUUCCUCCAGAUCCCUGCUGAUGCGGUUGGGAUCCGAAGUGGACGCGCUGCAGGGAAGCCCACUGUCUCAGUGGCCGGGGCAAUCGAGGAGGAGACACAUGGACAUGGCCACGGAUCCGCUUGGCCUUCGGAUGUGUCUGUGGGUGACCUGCACGGUCCUGAGGCCUCACUUGACCCCAUCUGUAAAAUGGGGCUGGUGUCACCUGCCUCUUACCUACCUCAGUGGGAUUUGGUAAGGCAGACUGAGUGAAUCUGAGAAAAGCCCCGCUUCAUGUCUUGACGUGAAGUACUGCUACCACCGUGUUCUUAGCUUUUACCGAAGUGAUUCCUUUGUCAGGCAGCCCGUCCCCUGGCAGAGACAGCGUCUGUGCACAGGGCUCGUGUUCACUAGCGACUCCCACGGUGCCACUUGUUCUCUCUCUAGUCAUUCAACAGACUCAGUGCGGCCUCUCCCUAAGUAAGGUCCUUUAGGUUUUCAUAACUCCCUCGCCUCCCACCACGUUUCCGGAUAUCUGACUUUCCUGUGGCUCCCUGCCCCUUUCCGCUGCCCCCCACCCCACAGGCCACUGAAGCUCCCAGACUUUGAGACUCGCUCAUGCAUUUGUUUACCCUGUCUCCAAGCAUUUGCUGCCACCUAGAAAAAGAACACCCCAUUGCAGUGUGUGUGACCCGUUGAGUGAGAAUGGCAGACAGGACAGUGCCAGGCAAGCCCCUCCCAUGUACCCUCCGUGUGGAGGGUGUGGGAAGAGCUGCUGGGUCAGGGGGAGGUCGGGCGCUCCCACUGCCCUCUCUAACCCCGCUGUGCCACUCCCACCUCGGGUAAAGCCAGGAGUGUCCUCAGGAUCUCAGGAGGGACCUGAGCCAAGGGUCCUGGAGACCUGGUAGAGCACUGGCCCACAGGCUUCAGUUUCAAAGAGGAAACCAUCACUGUCUGGCUUCAAAGUGCAAAUGAACCUUCACUACUUUUUAGAACUCAGUGUACCUUUCUUUCCACCUAUCUACGGUAUAUAUGGAUGCUUAUAUUUGUAUAUAUUUAUAUACAUUGUUUCAGCUCCCGUUCAAGCAGGCUUGCGUCUGGGCAGAGGGGAAUUGUCAGCUGUGUGGCUUUGGUGUCCUGAUUUUCCUGUGUAUAAGGUUGCAUUUCACAAAAUGUGAAAGCUAGAUGAGGGCUGGCCAGGAGGAUCCAGGACUGUGCUUCGCCUACGUUGGGACUGGAAUACAGUAAGGAGGGUAAUCUGGAGAAGGGAGCUUCUCUCCCAAGUCCUCACGAUGGAUGGGCCCCUGCCCCGGAUGGUGAGCAGAGGGAGAGAGGUGCCAGUUUCUCCCUAUUGUUCAGUCCCUGGGGAGUGGGACCAGGAGUGAUGUGACUGGGAAAACCCCACUUCCUCAUUUCUGAAGUCGUCCCCUGCCAUUCUCUUCCAAGUGUUGCCAUUAAUACUGUUCAUCUCUCACUGUUUUGUAUGUGUAACACUUGCCUUAAAAUAGCCUCCUAAAAAAGUGAAUACAGUA